ACGGUAAUUUCGCUCACUCCGUCGUAGAUGAAAAGAUAAAAGAUACAGAGAGCGAUUGAAGUUCUCCCCCAACGCGCGCGCACACACACACACACACACAUACACGCAUACACACACACAGACACACUGAUGCCAAAGAAACACGUCGACAGUCGUGGUAAUGUAGUAAUUAAUACUAAUAAUCUGCUGGAUUUCAGAUUCACUUUGCUAGGUAAAGGUCAAUCGUGUCCGUCAAGCUCUUUGACAAUGCGGUGAUGAGAGAGAGAGAGAGAGAGAGAGAGAGAGAGAGAGAGAGAGAGAGAGAGAACAUCUACGGUUCACCGACCGACUAAUCAUCCACGUAAGCAAAGGGAGGAGUGGGGGAAGCAGGAGGAGGGAAGGAGGAAGAGGGUAGGAGGAGGAGGGAAGACGAGCACAGAGAGAGAGAGAGAGAGAGAGAGAGAGAGAGAGAGAGAGAGAGAGAGAGAGAACAUCUAUGGUUGACCGACCGACCAAUCAUCCACGUCAGCAAAGGGAGUGGGGGAAACAGGAGGAGGGAAGGAGGAAGAGGGUAGGAGGAGGAGGGAAGAGGAGCAGAGAAGGAUAGGGGGGAGAGGGAAGUCUAGGUGAUAGUGGAAAGAAAAAGUGGUGGCGGAGAGCGUAGUAGAGUUAAGCUAAGCUAAGCUAAGCUAGUCUAUCUGGUGUGUUUAGUACUUGUAUAUAAUAUAAUAUAAAUCACAUCGAUCAAUAAUACAUCGAUAUGACUUUUUCACUGCCUUUCAAGUCAUUACGGUUAUGGAACGACACUCGCUGUGAUGGCCAGGGGAAUGUUCCUCCUCCUCCUCCUCCUCCCUCUUCGUCACGAUCACCAUCUUCGUCUAUAGCAUCUCCAUCUCCAUCUCCAUCUUCUUCCUCACCAUCGCCAUCGCCAUCGCCAUCGCUAUCGUCUUCUUCUUCUUCUUCUUCUUCUUCAGCGUUGAUGGUGGCUGCCAACGACAGAAACAUCCAAGGGCUUAGAUUCGAUUCUGGUGAUCGUCAAAGGAGUAGAGGUAAUGGAGAUCUAGCAAGUCAUUCAGUCUCGAUCGCGUCUCAGCGAGAGCGGGAUCCCGACCGAGGCUUUCCGUCUCGGUCAGGUAAUCGGAGGAAGAUCGUGAUAGCCGUCGAUCAUUCAGAAGACAGCGAGAACGCCGUCCGAUGGGCUGUAGAUAAUCAUCUACGGCCCGACGACCACGUGACUCUCUUGCACGUGAAGCGGCCCGCCGACGCAUUAUGCGGACCUGGAGUCUAUGCUGCCUUCUCCGAUAGCUCAAUGGCUCCAGAGGCUAUGGCAGAACCGGACUUGAAGCAGGAGAAGAGAUUGGAAAUGGCCACGCAGGCAAUGACAGACAGACUGAGAAAGAUGGUCUGCACGCAGACGACUGUAAGAUGUGACCCGCUCAUCAUUGACGACCUCGACGCUAGGGAACGCAUCUGCGGGGAAGUAAACCAACUGCGCGCCGAUACGCUUAUCAUGGGUAGUCGGGGAAUGGGUCGUGUUAAGCGGCUCUUGCUUGGGAGUGUGAGCGACUACUGCGUCAAUCACUGCCCCUGCCCGGUUGUUGUCGUCCGGAAGAAAUCCUACUGUGACGGGCCGUCCACGGCCCCGACAACGAGAAGGGAUGCAUCAGCUGGAGCAACCAGUCAGCAGGCUGAAGAAUGCUGCCCGUGAAAAGGAAAGAGAGCAAUGGUUGGAGGGAGAGAUAGACUCCUUUGACUUGUGUAAAUUGCAGCGGUGCUGCUGUACAUUUUUCGCCUGAACAUUUGCGAUAAAACCCCGGAGGGGGGGGGGAGAAUCUGGUUUGCAGCUUUGGUCUUGUUUGUGAAGGCAUACACAAACUACCGACUUUUAGGAUGUACUUGACUGCGAAUGCGGUCAGGAGCAUCUACUGCGUGAGUACAUCCAAAGUGUUGAGUAUGCUCGGGAGUGUCCGAAGUGCAAGUAUGUUCGAAGUAGGUGGAGUGUGUUUGAGGAUUGUUGUCUUCUGUUGCAGCAAUGGACGCGGCACGACCGUUUUGGGUGUCGAUCUGUUGCCUUCUCAAAUUAAAUCUCGCUUUUGAGGGUGUUGUGUUCGCCCUUUUUUUUCUGGUUAUAUAUAUAUACGAUAUAUAUAUAUUGUGACGAUAAACUCCGACGAAACAG